AUUUUUGGAUACUAAUUUCAUUUGCUUCAACGAUUGAAUAUGUACUAAUGCAUCAAGCAUGCUUUUUAUAUAAACAUCCUCUUUGCUCCGCAAAAAUGUAUCAUUCUCAUUUCUCAAGCCUCACCACUACAUCCUCUAGCUCUGAAAUUUCUGGGAGAACAUCACCUUCUUGAAAUGGAGCAUCCCUCAUCACAACAUAUUUCCCUUGAGCUAUCUCUGGCACCUCCAGAACCCAGAAAGAUAAUACUCACUAGAGCCCAAGAAGAGAAUCUUGAAAUCAUUGAGGACAUAAUUAUUCUCAAUACUGAAAAAGAAGUUCUUGACAAAGAACUUCACAAAGUGCUCAGAUGGAGACACUGGAGGUUGUCUUCACUCGACAUUUUACUCCUCACUGCAAUAAACAUGCAGCGAGCAGAAGGAUUUGCUCUGGGAUGGUUAAGAACGAAAAACAUUGAGAUUGCAAUGUCAAUGGAAUACAUCAGCAGGAUAUACCAGCGCAGAUUGGAAGAAGUCAAGCAUGCAAAUGAGAGAAGAAAGAGGAAGGCUACCUUGGGAAUUUAUCCUGGGGAAUCAUCUCAUCAAGGGCGCUUCCAAGCAAAGAAGAAAGUACAUUUUAACUGAUGCCAAAAAAGGGGGAAAGAAUUCUGGGCAUCUCAAAUGUAGUUUCAUGUCUUAUUUGUUUGUUUUUUGUUCUAGUUUUUUGCAUCAUCAAAAGCGGGAAAUGGUCAGGUCUCCUGAUUUUGAUGAUCUAUAUUUAUUUUUGAUGAUGCCAAACCCCUUUUAUUAUCCCUAUA